UUCCCAUUUUCAAUUACUCCCUAUAUUAACCCAACAAUGCAAAACAACACACUGAACUCUCUUCACUGAAACGACACACACAAAAAAAAGCUUUAGUUUAGGAUGACCCAAGUGAGGAACAAGCAAGUGGUUCUAAGAGACUAUGUCACCGGAUUCCCUAAAGAAUCCGACAUGAACAUUGUUGAAGGCACCAUAAUAUUGAAGGUUCCAGAAGGUUCCAAUGAUGUCCUUCUAAAAAAUCUCUACUUGUCAUGUGAUCCAUACAUGCGACUCCUCAUGGCCAAGGACCGUUCUUUCGGAGAUGGCUCCUUCACCCUUGCCUCUCCAUUGAAAGGAUAUGGUGUGUCUCAAGUGCUGGAAUCUGGACGUCCAGAUUACAAGAAAGGUGAUUUAGUGUGGGGGAUUACUAAAUGGGAAGAGUAUAGCUUGGUCCCCUCAUCUCUCAUACAUUUCAAAAUUGAGCACACUGAUGUCCCACUUUCCUACUACACUGGAAUUCUUGGUAUGCCAGGAAUGACUGCUUAUGCUGGUUUCUUUGAGGUAGGUUCUCCCAAAAAAGGAGACACUGUUUUCGUUUCAGCUGCCUCUGGUGCUGUUGGUCAACUUGUUGGCCAAUUUGCUAAGUUGACUGGUUGUUAUGUUGUUGGAAGUGCUGGAAGUAAAGAGAAGGUGGAUCUGCUGAAGAAUAAAUUAGGAUUUGAUGAAGCUUUUAACUACAAAGAAGAGCCAGACCUCAAUGCAGCUUUGAAAAGGUACUUUCCAGAAGGCAUUGACAUUUACUUUGAGAAUGUUGGGGGCAAGACACUUGAUGCAGUACUCCCAAACAUGAAAUUUCAUGGCCACAUACCUGUCUGUGGAAUGAUCUCGCAGUACAAUCUUACUCAGUUCGAUGGUGUAACAAAUUUGGCAAAUCUCAUAUUUAAGCGGGUUAAAAUGGAAGGUUUUAUUGCAACUGAUUUCUAUCAUUUAUAUCCAAAAUUCUUGGAGUUUGUCCUGCCUCAUAUCAGAGAAGGGAAGGUUGUGUAUGUGGAAGACAUUGCUGAGGGCCUUGAGAAUGGCCCUGCAGCCUUGGUUGGCCUCUAUACCGGUCGCAAUGUUGGUAAACAAGUGGUUGUUGUUACUCACGAGUAAAAUUAUAUAAAUAUAUUGUUAUUCUCUAAGCUUUAAUUCUGAAUUUUCAAUUUUCUGUUGGAUAUUGAACCUUGCUUUUAUGGUUUAUGCAGUCAUUCUUCUAUUUUGUUGAUAGAAAUUACUACAUUAGUGACAUUUUGUGAUAAAUAAAACCUCUAAUAUAUGCUAAUUUGUUA